AUGAAGCUCUUUUCCUUGAUCGCCGGCGCAACUGCUUCUUACUACACCACUGAGUCCUAUAUCCCCAGUACAGAACUCCCUAUCACUUCAACUACGUACAUAACACACACUACAAACGGUGAACCGAUUGCAACCGAUUGCGGCGGCCGCAUCACUGAGCUUCAAAAAUUUUCGUCUCCAGACGCCGGUGAUGGCACCUAUCCCAACAGAGCUCAUUGCACCUGGACCAUCGAUAUCCGAGGAGUUCCCGGUUUCUUCAUCAAGGCCAAUCGAUUCGUUGUUGAGUAUGCUACCAACUGCGUGUUUGACUACGUGAAGGUAGUCGCCAACGGAGAAGAGAGGAACUUCUGCGGCCCUAAGCUUUUCAGGCGACGAAGACGCGAAGCCGGCAGGAAGGUCAAAGAGGGCGGCAAAAUGACUCCUGACCUCGUCAAUGCCUCGAACGACGGAUUCGAGGAUAUUUUUGUCCUAGGAGGCCAAGCCACAGUCAGUUUCUCCUCGGAUCACAUCAUUUCAAGAGGUAGUUUCGAAUUGGAGCUUGUUGAAGCUGAUCGACUUGACAUCAUCAAAUACCACUUUGGCAGAAUCGCCGCAUCCCUCCCAGAAGGCGCAUCUUGGACUGAACGAUACGUCAACCGAUUCUACAAAGUCUUCAACAAGGUUGUCGACGCUGACAACGGCGAAAACUGCUACGAAGAAAAUGGCUUCGGCUCUGAUGACUCCGCCGACGACGUCCAGGUCUUUGAUGAGAGCGACUUCUGCAAGCUCAACGGCCAAGUCAACGCCGCUCUCAACAGCUGGGCGCGAAACAACGCUUGCGAAGGACGAGGCAAGGUCCACCGACAGGUCAUCCGAGCCGCUCGAAAGGUCCGAAACUUCUACAACGACAAGAUGGGCUGCUAA